AUGGUGGCCCACGUGUACACCCGCUAUAUGGGGGAUCUCUCGGGUGGACAGAUCCUCAAGAAAGUAACCCAGAGGGCACUUAAGCUCCUCUCAUCUGGAGAGGGACUCAACUUCUACCAGUUUGAGGGCAUCCAUAGUCACAGCGGCUUCAAGCGGCUUUACAGGAGUAGGAGGAACAAGAUCGAGCUGGACACUGACACCAAGCGGAAGAUCGUGGAAGAGUCCAACAGACCUUUUGGCUUCAACAUGAUGGUGUUCACAGAGCUUGACGAGAUUGGAAAAAGAAUCCCAGAGCAAGCACAAGAGGAAGCCUUUGGGCAUGGUCAUGCUGAAAUCAUGCAAGGGGAAGAGAUCAAUAAGUGCCCAUACUACGUGGCUAAAAUGGGUACCAGCGGAAAUCCCACAUACAUUUGCCAGUUUGCCACGGCUCUCCUGCAACACAUGCCCUCUCAGGUAAUGCUGACCGCUUGGAUCGCUCUCUUUGCCGGCUUCACAGCCUGGUACCUUCUGUAAACUUUAACAAUACACUGCAUGCCAUACACAGGUAAAUGUUGUAUUUUACAACAAUACUUGAAUACUGUAUUUAUAAUCUCAUAAUUACCAGAAAGCGUGUGGAGGAGAAAGCAAAGUGGGGAAGGUCUCUGUACACAAUACAUGUGUACAGUCAAUGAACAGUCAAUAAAUGGAACAAAUUGGCUCUGCAAUCUUCUCUCUGUAUUAUAGAAGCAGCAGCCAGAGCAAAUUGCCACUGCCCUGACAAAUGCAAUAUUUUGUUUGCGGUUCAAUUAAAAAAAAGAAACAAGAGUUGAUGUGCUAAAUCCUUCCCACCCCCAAACUCCCCAAAUAAAUAAAGUGCCCACAUCUAUUGUGAUACAAGUUUAAUGUCACAAGUGUUUGAUACUUCUUCCGGUAUUUAUGCAAUUAUUAGAUACAUGAGAAUCUGAAAAUUGUAGAAACACUCUUCUUCAGAACAACUGUAACCAAAUUGUAAAUUAAUUCAAGGACUCACUUGUAUAAUGUUAAUCCAAUGCAAAAGCUUUCAAUUACAGUACAUUGUACUUAACUGUACUAAAACACACUCUUCUAUAAUGUUUUGGGUUGCUCUGAGUGAGGUUUGAAACGUUAAUAAUUCAGUCUUUGCAUCAUCUAACAUUAUCAUAACACACAUAAAA